AUGGCUUUUCUGGAGGAUAGAAACCACACUACAGUGACAGAGUUCAUUUUAUUGGGUUUAACAAAUGACCCAGGCCUUAGAGUCAUCAUUUUUACCAUCAUCCUGUGCAUCUACCUGGUGACUGUGUCUGGGAACCUCAGCACCAUCCUUCUCAUCAGAGUCUCUUCCCAGCUCCAUCACCCCAUGUACUUUUUUCUCAGCCACUUGGCUUCUGUUGACAUGGGCCUUUCAUCUUCUGUCACACCCAAUAUGCUUAUCAACUUUCUAACAGAGAGAAAUACAAUUUCCUACCUUGGAUGUGGUAUCCAGCAGAGCCUGGCUGAUUUUUUUGGGUCAGUUGAAUGCUUCCUUCUGGCUGCCAUGGCUUAUGAUCGCUUCAUGGCAGUUUGCAACCCACUGCUUUAUUCCACCAAAAUGUCCACACAAGUCUGUAUCCAGUUGGUUUUGGGAUCUUAUAGGGGUUUGCUUAAUGCUUCCCUCAUCAUGUUUUACUUUUUCUCUUUUCUCUUCUGUGGACCAAAUAGAGUUGAUCAUUUUUUUUGUGAUUUUGCUCCUUUGGUGGAACUCUCCUGUUCUGAUGUGAGUGUCUCUGUAGUUGUUAUCUCAUUUUCUGCAGGCUCAGUUACUAUGAUCACAGUGUUUGUCAUAGCUGUCUCCUAUUCUUACAUUCUCAUCACCAUCCUGAAGAUGCGCUCAGUUGAGGGCCGACACAAGGCCUUUUCCACCUGCACCUCCCACCUCACUGUAGUCACUCUCUACUAUGGAACCAUUACAUUCAUUUAUGUUAUGCCCAAGUCUACAUACUCCACCUACCAGAACAAGGUGGUGUCUGUAUUCUACAUGGUGGUGAUCCCCAUGUUGAACCCCCUCAUCUACAGCCUCAGGAAUAAUGAGAUUAAGGGUGCUAUCAAGAGACAGUUUGGUAAGAAAAUGUUAUGCUAG